AUGGCGGCGGCGGAGGAACAAACAGUCGUGGCGGCGGCGGAGGAACAACCAGUCGUGGCGGCGAUGGAAGAAGGAAUGGCGGCGGAGGAGCAACAAGUUGUGGCGAGGAUGGAAGAAGGUAGUCAGGCUCAGGUCCAGACCCAGGCCGAGGCUCCCUUUGUGGCGGCGAUGGGAGAAGGGAGUCAGGCUCAGGCCCAGACUGAGGCUCCCAUUGUGGCCAUGAUGGGAGAAGGUAGCCAGGCUCAGGCCCAAGCUGAGGCUCCCUUUGUGGCGGCGAUGGGAGAAGGUAGUCAGGCUCAGGCUCCCUUUAUGGCGGCGAUGAUGCCUAAGCCGAAGUUGGCUUACGGCUUCAAAUUUCACCCCACCGACGAGGAAUUGGUGGUCUAUUUCCUCCGCCGUAAGGUGCUUCGGAGGCCCUUCCCUUUCGAGGCUAUAGCCGAAGUCGAUAUCUACAACUUCGAGCCAUGGGAGCUUCAGGGUUUUUGUGCAGUGAAUAGUAGAGAGGCGGAGUGGCACUUUUUCACCCGUACUGAGAAGAAAUAUAUAAAUGGGAGUAAGAUUAACCGGGCAACAAUCAAUGGGUUCUGGAAGGCCACGGGGAGGGAUAGAGCCGUGCAUCAUAAGUCUCAGAUCGUAGGGUUGAAAAAAACCCUAGUUUAUCAUGCAGGCCGAGCCCCAGCUGGGAGGAGAACUGACUGGCUAAUGCACGAGUAUAGGCUUUCAAAACAAGAGUUGGAAAAAGCUGGCGUACAACAGAAGGAUGCAUAUUUCAUCUGCAAAGUAUACCUGAAAAAAGACGCUAUGGGGCGUAGGGGUGUGCCCUUCAAUGUAGAAGAUUGGGAAAAUCAUACAGGCAUUUUGAUUCCUUGUGAAGAUAAUAAUGCUGAUGAGGAUGAAGCUUCAGAGGUCAACUUGCAGGGUGCAUCGACGUCCAAGGCGGUUCAAUUGCCGGAAAAGGCGCAAGGUUUUAAGAGCUUGAGGAUCAGGGCAAGAGAAGAGGAUGAUGAUGAAACUGAAGAUGAUGAAGCAAUAGUGUGUUUAGACAAAGGCAAAAAGCCCAAGCUGAUGCUUGAUUUUUUCUCCGGCGCCGGCAAAGGCGGUUCGGACGACGACUCCUCAUCCGCAACAAUCUCUGAUUCUCCGACGCCGGAGUUUUCCUCCGGGCUACUGAAUUUCUCCCUCACCGCUAAACCCAAGGAGAAGGAAAACCAUGGUAGCGCGGCUCCUAAUAACGCCGGCGGCGGCCCUUUCAACUCAUCCUGCCUUGAAAACUCACUGCCGCCGGGAUAUUUGAAGUUCAUAACUGAUUUGGAAGAAGAGAGGGAUGGCCUGAAGCAUGAAUUGAUGAAUUCAGAAGCCACAGUGAGUUGCCUUCAAGCUGAGAAUGAGGAGAUGGCAGAGGAAAUUAUGCGCCUGAGGAGUCUUCUUCCCGGGCAAGGAUUUGAUUAG